UUAAACAAAACAUGAUUUUUUUUCUACAAGUGACUUCCGAAAGCUACUGUAUUUGUGAACGAGAUAUUCAGAUUCUAAACUUUGAAAGAACAAUAAAUGUUGUAGUCUAGUGUGUGCUAUAUAGAUUAUGUAGAGAGUUUCAACUAGUUUCAAUAGAUUCUAUUUCACUUUCAGGAAGUGGUUUUUGUGUUUUUAAGGCACCUCAUUAUACAGUAUAUGAUAGAAAAGUUUUGAAUAAAUCUAGAAUCUAAUAGCUUACUGAAUCUGCAUCUGAUAAAAUAUUUCUUUAUUUGGUUCCUAUUUUUCUUUUUGGAAUAAAAACAAAUGCAGAGCUUUGUGUUUCUAUCGCCGUCUAGAGAGUAAGUCGAAUGAAUUAAUGGAAAACGAUUGCUUGAUAUUUAGAUCAAUAAAUCAAUAAUACUUAGACCUCAAUUUUAAUAUAACAAAAAGGCUUCAAUUUUUAAUUGUCUGUUUUCUACAUUUAGUAGACACAGUCUUCAUAUGACAUAUUAAAGAGAGACAAAUUAAUAGAUAGGUCUGUUUUAAAAAAGGCUAAACUAUUGUUAUCUUUUGUUUAUAUUGAAAAAAAAUGAAGACAAUGAACAAGUCAUUGCCGUAUUAUAUGUUUACAAAUUAUAGUUUAAAUGCCAUUUCAUUUAGUGUCGCCCUAGUACUACUAGUCUAGAUCAAGCAAUAUUUUGUUUUUAAACUGAUUUCUGAAAGGAUGCGUUAACAGAAAACUAGUUUGGUUGCACAGUUAACAAAAUGUUUGUCCGCAUCACACCGGCAAGUUUUGUGCCAUGGAAAGAUUAUUUCGUUUCUUUGAAGUAGUUUUAAACUAACCUUAGGUUCCAAAUUUCCAGUGUCAUCGUUUGAGGGAAAUCAAUACACUCUAGUAGUGGAAUAUUCGCCUCUCAGUUACGCGUGCUCUCUGUGGUCUUUGUUUGCUUGUCCCUCUAAAUGAUGAGCACAGACCUUCAACGAUCAUUAGCAAUGUUUCGUUUUAAUUUUUGGCCCAAACAAUUUUUCCCGCCGGCUCCGGGCAGCGGUGGUAUGGACAACCCAGCGUUUAUGCCCAACCUAACAUCUCCUGCUCUUAUGGUUCUAGCUUCGACCACAGAAGGCAACGAGACCCCAAGGCUCCCAGGUCCGCCAAAUCCAUUUACUGGCCAGGGCAUGGACAAGGAUCUCCCUCCUCCUCCACCUUUCAGCUCAGCAAGCUUCGCAAUGUUCCGGCCUGGAGACCCCUUCUCGCCGCCACUGUAUUCCCCCUUGUCGUUUGUACGUCCAGGGAUUGACAGGCGCUUGGCGAUGAUGAACCAUGGAGUACGUCCUGGAGCAUUUCGACCCUUGGGUCCUGAAGGUUUAGAAGGCACGUAUCACUCAGCAUUUUCCCCGGCUAAGAAAAUCAAAUCCGACGACAGCUCAGCAGCAACGUCCUCUGCAGAGAUCGGGCACCAAAACGAAGGCGGCUACUGCGACGAUCAGUGCCCAGACGAGAGAGACACGCCACCCGGAGUGAAGGAGGAGAGACCGUCAAGUAUUAGCUCUGCUGGGUAUGAUACAAUAUCUGAGCCCGAAUCCGGUGACGCCUAUGAACGGGGGACACCUGACUCUGAAGGAAGAGCUUUAAGAAAGCCACGUAAAAGGGUAGCACACGACGGACAUACGCCAUGUUGUCCAGUGUGUGGUCUAACUCUGAGAGCUGGAGAGUUGGAGGCUCAUCUAAUGUUGGAGGUGGAGAAACUGGACAAACUCAGCAGAUGUGGUAGAAAAUCUUCGAGAGAUACAACACCUCAGGGUAGAAAGAGUUUGCCCUCACCGUCUGGUUCACGUAAAGGUAAAGAUUCACCCCCACCAGAAGUUGCCUCCAGAUCACGAUAUGAUAAUUUUCUUCGGAUACGAUGUAAUCGACAGUCAAGAUUAAGUGCCAGGAGUCGUAAUAAGAAAAAGAGACCAGGAGAUGAAGGCGUAAAAGAAACAGUGUGUCCUAUUUGUAAUGAGAGGGUGAUGGGUGUGGCAGAAGAUCUCAAUGCCCAUGUGGAGAUGUGUCUCAAGCAGAGAACUGAUGGAGAGGAGGAGCCUGUAGAUGUGGAAGGAGAGUAUGAAGAGUAUGAGUGGGCGGGGCAAACUAGGGUUAGAGCCACUUCCUUAUUAGAAGGAGGAUAUUCUGGUCAAGGCUUUCAAACUGUGACAGCCAGGAAAGGCUCAGAUGAGGAUGGUGAACUUAAUGUGGAUGGUGAUGACACAGAAGAAUAUGGAAGACCUCAAUUCAGUGAAAAAGACAUCCUGCCUAUCGGCUCCAAAGAAACUAGUCCUCCCAGUGAUACCAAGUCAUCAUUAAAAUAUGAAUCACCAGAAAGAAGUUAUUCUUCAAGGACUGAUACUGUCAAAUCAGAUGGUGUUGGUUGCAGUAAAACUUUGUACGAAGGAUUUUCCCAUUCCAGCUGUGAUCAAAGGGGAGAUGAGCAAUCUGCAUUAAUAGCAGCUCUCAGAUUGAAAUUACGUGACCUUGAAGCUGAAAAAUCAUCCAAGCAGAAAUGUCUUAUUUGUAUGGAUUCAUAUAAAACUCCAUUAACUUCAAUACAGUGUUGGCACGUCCAUUGUGAAGCCUGCUGGAUGAGGACUUUGGGCGCCAAGAAGCUGUGCCCACAGUGUAAUAUGAUUACUUCCCCUAAUGAUUUGCGCAGAGUUUACUUGUAGGCAUCUGUAACAGCACUGAUGAAUAGAUGUGUUUGCGUGCUAUGCAACACGAAUGUGGAUAGGAAAAAAAACUUCUAUUUUUAUAUCAGAAUAAAAGUUUAAAUAAUAAUAAUAAAGUUAAAAAUAACCUAUUUUAACUUAACUUUUUUAUUAGAGUGUGUUAGGCUUUUGUUCUGUUCGAUCUCAAAAUUAUAGGGCUCAUUAAAUAAAGCUCUAUCUACAUAUGUAUAUAUGCACACAUUUAAAUAACAUUUUUAUCAAAUUAGAAUAAGUGCAUCUAAAAUCUGUAUAUAAAAUUUUUUAAAACUAAGAAUGUUUGUUGAUAAUGUAAUGUUGAUAGCAUAAGGAUAUUACUUGUAAAUGCAUUUAGUGAUUUAUUUCCUUGUAUUUCUAAAAUGAUAAAAAAAUAACUUAUAGUCAUGCAUCAAAUUCUCUUGUAAUUUUUUAAAACUGCAAUUUGUUAUGCUCUAAAACAUUUUGUUUGUCAUACCAAAAAGUGAGCAAACUGAUGUUUGUAUAUAAAUGUAUUGCCAUGUUGUAUAGAAUGACUUUCUGUUGAUUGACUCAUAGAGUUUUAGAUUCCAGAAUUGUUGAUUUGGGGACCUUAGUAGUUUUAUUCAGAAUAUUUUGUUUAGAAAAGAUUUUUUUAAAACUUAGUUGUUGAUCUACACAUUUGUUGUCAAUAAAAUGUGAUUUGAGAUUG